AUGCGCUGCUGCCCCUCCGCCGCGGGACGCGCCUUUACGCUCUUUACUCUCGCCAUCCUUUCAGCACAGUCGUUCACGCUUGUCUACGCCCAGUCAUCCUCUUCUGUAUCGGCGCCGCCCAUUUCUAUCCCAUCGGCUACCCCGCCCAUCGCCCCCACCGACUCGGCGUCCGCCAGCGUCCCGCACCAGCGCGCCCCCCUCGGACACCCCGGUCCCGUCUUCUUCUGUAACACCGUCAACCACCCAGGUUGCCACCUCGUCCAGUGCGGCGCCCUCCUCCGCACCGUCCUCUGCGCCCUCCGUCGCGUCGUCGUCCUCCGAUGCACCGUCGUCGUCCUCUGUGAUACCCUCUUCGACUUCUGCAAGCAGCUCGUCUGCGGUCGUCACCUCGUCCUCGGCCCCACCUUCGACAGCACGCUCAUUGCUACUUCCAUCAAUGCACCCGUGCCGUAUGCGCCGCCCGUUACGUCCACGAGCUACUACGAUCCCUUGGGUCCCUCGUCGUCUGACUCGGGCAUAUCAACCGUGAGUGGUGUGGUAGGGGCAGACUUCUUCGCAAACAAGGCGGCCGUCGCCGGCGUGUUCACCGUUCUCGGGUUGCUAGGUGUAGGCGCCGUCCUCGCGGUCGUCCUGCGCAUCGUCAGGCGCCGCAACCGCCAAUACGACGACGAGGACACGACCUACUUUGGCGGGGGCAUGAACGGCGGCGAGAAGUUCAACGAUUCUGGAAACAACGCCGAUGACAACGCCAGCAUCAAUGAACUUGUCACCAGUGCGGGACCGGGCUCAUACCCCGACCGCGCCUCGCACUACGGCAUGCCUGCCUUCGCGGACGACGCGCAACCCCGCGACUCGAUCGUCGAGUACGCGAAGGGGACUGCGUAUGCGGCCGCGAGGGCCCAGGCCGGCCCGUACCAGUACAGUGCCCAGGGCGGCGCGUACGGUGGAGACUUCACGAACGCCCACUACCAGGCCCCGGCCACCGCUGAGUACGGUGCCUAUCCGGUGGCGGCUGACCCGUAUAGCAUCGCCCGUGCCGCAGCUGGCCAGCAUGGCCAGCAUCCGUACGCACACCCCGGUGACACGUACCUCGUGGAUGCCCACUAAGCGUUGCGUUGGAGGUGACGAUGCAUGAUACCCAAACAUCGACCCUCCUUCCUGUACAACUAGCACCUGUCGGGAGCGAGCUGGUCUUGUUGUGUCUCCCUCUGAACUCCUCUUUCAUCUCUGUGAUAUUUGGGCCGUGGGCCCACUGCGCUUUUAUGUAUUUUUCCUCGGGGUCGAACAUUACAGACAGUGUGUAAUGUGACUGAGCCGACGGUUCUUGUCCAAUAGAUGCCUUGGUGCCAUCGCCUGCCCACGUCGCACACAUCGAGUUGCGAUUCCGUACAUAUUGCAGGCAAUUCUUUUCCCCCCAAUGAUCCCUUAUGUUCUCUAGUCGUCGGUGUGUUAUGUCAUGUUAUCCUGGAAAGUCCUCUCCGUUCC